UGUACGUACAGGAUGCAGCCCUCACAGUACAGCUUGUUGCUACAAAAAGUACAAGGAAACAACAUUUCCUACGUACCUCGGUGAGAACUUAAGGAGCUAACUGUCUUGAAGUAUAUGCAGUACCAAUAUGUGCAAGCUACUGAUCAGCGUUUUUGUCAGCUUGCUCCUACUGACCACCUCACACGCACAACACGAGGAGGGAGAGACUACCAGUAGUGAAUCAGUGGAGACCAAAGCAACUCCACCAUGUGCCCGACCCUUAGAAGAUCUGCGUCAUUCUAUUGAAGAGAUAUUCCCUAAGAACUACACCGUCUAUCUGAACUGUAUAUCGUUUGAUGGGGAGGGUGCUCUCAGAACCGCCAUAGCCUCGGGGGAAUUGACGGGAGAGGCUAAUCUGAGAUAUCUGAUUGAGUGUAGAGGGGAUGUUCUAGUGGCUCAGUCAACGGCUGGGUCACUUGACAGGACGAACAUGGAGACUGGGUGUCUGGAGUGUAACAACACCGCCACUCAGUCCUGUGUCAAUGAAUGUGCGCCCGAGUGUGAGAGGUGCUAUGGUACUGUUGGUAAGUGUACGAGGUGUACCGCCUGUACGUCCGGACUGGCUGAGGAGUGUCGCUACGAGAGUGGGCAUACCCUAGAGUGUGCUACCCAGUGUCCCGUGUCCCCUCUCGAUAACACAGUCAGUGCAUUCACCAUCAACCAUGACGAGUACAACUAUUGUGAGUGCGCUGCUCCGUCAGUUAUAAACUUGAACGAAUACCCAGCUGCAAAUGCUGAGGCUGAGGUAGAGUGCGAGGAAGGGGGAGAGCCAGAGCCACUACCCAGCUCAUGUGAUGCUACGUGCAGGCUGGAGCCGGGGCACGAAAGAAACAACGAGAGUAACAUCUGCUUUGCCUGUGGGAUAGCCAACUGUGUGAGGUGUGUCCGCAACCCGAACAGAUGCACUGAAUGUUUGCGAGAUACAGUGCGCUAUGUGGACGAGCAUGGCGAAACUGAGUGCUUUGCUUGCCCACUUGCCGAAAUUGCCUACGAGGCCAACCUCCAGGAGGAGGAGCUUGAGGAGGAGGAGGAGGAACAGCGUGAAAGGACAAUUGCACUUGCUAUUUCCCUGCCGUUAGUGGUGGUGCUUAUCAUCAUAUUCUUUGUGAGCAUGUCAUUGUUUGCUCAUCAUCGCUACCCCCACGUCAGUUACCAUGGCAGGAAGAGACACAGAAAACCUCCUGCUGGCCUGCCCAAUACUUUUGAGGGAAGCGGUGUCGACGAACAACCAUCUCAUGUUUGGAGACCACGCCCAACUAUCGUGCUCCGGUAGCCCAUGAAGACAGCACUUUCAAACAACAUGCUAUCAAUAAUGUGGAUAUUUUUCAGUAAAAUGUAACGUAGAAAUUAUGAUGUGCGUUUAUCUUGUGUUUUUAAUGCUGUAAACAUGUUGCCAUGACAAUUGUGAACUAGCCUUGA